GUAUGUUUUUCUCCGCAUUUCUCUUGAUUCCUUGGGUUUUCUCGUCACUUAUGUGGCGGCUACAUUUCCCUUGAUUUCUUUGGAUUUUUCAUUUCUGGUACACUGAUUGUGGCGACUGAUCAAAAUAAAUCAGAAAUCUGCCAAAACCCCACUUUAUCAUACAAGGCAUCCGAUUCCACUCAACUGAAACUUCUCUCUUUUUCUUUCUUUGUCUCUUCAAUGGCUUCUUCUUCGUCGUUUUGCCCGUCUCGUUUUUCUUUAACAAGUGCACACCCACGCGCCAUUUCUUCUCACUUGAGCUUUAAGCUUAACUCUUCAAAGGUCUUCUUUCCUUUGAAAAAUGGAUCCCUUAAGCUUCGUAAUGCACCUCCUCUCACUCUCCAGGCCCUCUCUGCCCGUGAACCCAAAGGUUCGAGCGAAUUCAUUAAGAUUUGUUGUUCUGUGUCCUCGAAGAUUAGACCUCAGGCUGCAGUGGUUACUAAAGACACAUGGGAUAAAUUGAUAUUGAACAACAACACCCCUGUUCUUGUCGAAUUUUAUGCAAGCUGGUGUGGCCCCUGUAGGAUGGUCCACCGAAUUAUUGAUGAGAUCGCAGGAGCGUAUGCCGGGAGACUUACCUGCUUCGUGCUCAACACCGACAAUGACUUACCAAUUGCAGAGGAUUAUGAAAUUAAGGCUGUACCGGUGGUCUUGCUGUUCAAAAAUGGACAGAAGCAGGAGUCUGUUGUUGGUACCAUGCCAAAGGACUUUUAUAUAGCUGCCAUAGAGAGGGUUCUGAAGUCAUAAACAAUGAUACAGUGCAUAACUGGAAUGUCCAGUAAAGGUUUCAGCUUUUCUUGCUUAUAUACGUUAAUUGAAUUUUCGGUACAUACAUUGUACAUCCUUUUAGUUGUAUCUUGCUAGUUUCUAUUGCCACUGUAGCUUCGAAAUGGUUGGAAUGAUCCCUUUGGUUCACAGUCGUCCUUUUUUCCAGUGAAACUGGAUGGAGUCUUAAAGCUUUAAUCUGUUCUAUCAAUGCAAAUCCUCAGAUUCUCUUUUAUAUACUAAAGGGCUUUUCAAGAUUAAGAUAGCAAUGUCUUGUUCAAGAUGGGAUGCAAGAUUUGACAGAAUUAUAGUGCUGCAUUAUUAAAGCAUCCUGUGCUGAGCUUUGCCUUUUCUUUCGUUU